AUUGAGACCCUCAGGACCACACCAAUUUAAAGCUGCCAUUCACUUCCUUAAAUUAGACUGUAAUGUGUUUAAAAAAUUGGACAAUAAAAAUAAAUAUGCCUAUUUUUAUCCCCACAAUAAAUAGCUUUUUUUAUUAGCCACAGUUAGUAUUUUAAACAAACCCACUGCACUGGAAGGAUUUCAUUUGCCCUGGAUGUUAUGGAUUUGCUAUUUCUGCAGACUGAACAUUUAUUUUUUGUGGAAACGACAUCGACGACAUAGUGGUGGAUUUUUCACACGAAUUCUGACUGAGAACAAUUAAUUUCGGAAGUUUUUCGUUUCUAUGACUUUCGCGCGACUGUGGACGAUGAUUCAAAUUCUCAGCGGAUUUUAAAUCAAGAGUGUAACUGAUAGGCGUCGGGUUUUGAAGGAGUCGUUCCUCUCUUGAAACAUCCCUCAGGGAUUCUCGCCUCUCUCUGAAGACCUGUUUCCUAUCAUCCACCAAGGAGCACAAAGACCGGGCGCAUACUGGAACUGAAAAUACUGUAGUUUCUCUUGAAGCCCAAUACAACAGAUCUCACCAAUACCACAGGAUGCAAACCGUUUUAACGGUCAACGGUCUCAGUAAAAGCAUCUAAUCGCAAACCAAUUCACACGAGCGUGAGAGACGUGGAAGCACCCACAUUAGGCUGCUGCAAAUUAAGAUACUUGAGAAAGACAGAGGUGGUUUACAGCAGGCAUGGCAGCCAUAGCAACUGUCCCCAACUACACCCCAUCGCUAUGGGUACGGUUAUGCCAUGCCAUUCCUCGCCUGGACUUGACCCUGCAGACCCGAAACAGCAUGUUCACUCCAGACAGCUGGGAGUACCAGCAGACUCUCCUGGUCCUCUCCAGCUUCUCCGCCAUUGCUCUCGUCCUCUCAUUACUUGUCGUUCUCUUCUUCCUCAUCCACUACUGCUGCUGCCGUCGUGGUGAGGGGGGCCGGGAUGCAGAGGAAGAAGAGGAAGAUGAUGAUGCCAGCGGUGGCCAUGGAUACAGCGGCAGAAAGGGGCGGGGCAUCUGCUGUGUCACAUGGGUAUCGGUUGCAGCCGUCACCUUGUGUUGUGUUGCCAUAGGCAUCGGUUUCUAUGGCAACAGUGAGGCGAACGAUGGGAUGUAUCAGUUGACCUCAUCCUUGCUCACUGCCAAUUACACACUGGCUUCCAUCGAUCUUCUGGUUUCAGACACCGUGGCCGGGCUGCAGCAGUGUGUCUCAGGGCCCUUGACCUCCAUGGAGGAAGUGUUCGGCGGACAUAAGCCAGCACUCGUGCCCACACGCUCCUGCAGGCGUCUGUCAGAGCGGGUCGUGUCUCUCCUCUCCAAUCUGACACUGGGAAGAGGUCUGAUCCCCAUCGCGGAUGGAUUUUACAGGGCGAAUGGAAGUGAAAGCAUAGUGGGAGCGCUCACCCCAGCACCUCCUUCUGUAGCCCCCACUCUCAGUCCGUCCGCCAACAGCAUUCCUGCACCCUUCUCCCCUGGCUGGGCUGCAAACACACUCAUGGUGAAUGAAGACUACAGGUGGCUGUCGUAUGUGCUGCUGCUUUUACUGGAUCUGGUAGUGUGUUUUUUUAUUCUUCUGGGUUUAGCCAAACAAGCCCGCUGGCUACUUAUUCUGAUGACAGUGCUGGCCUGGUUGGCUCUGUUUCUGAGUUGGGGCUCUCUCGGCCUGCAGACUGCCACAGUGGUGGCCCUGAGUGAUUUUUGCUUUGACCCGAACACUUUUGUGCUUAACUCCACUCACUUCAACUCUAGGACAAGCACAGAAAUCCUGGAUUAUUACCUAACCUGUGACAGGAAAAUGAGCAGCCCUUUUCAACAGAUACUGACCCAGUCCCAGAGAGCGCUUUCCAGCAUCCACUCUCACCUUUCCAGUCUGGAUAGAGACGCCCUCCCACGCUUUCCAAAGGCAGAGAAGUCACUCAGGGAAGUACAGCAGAUCCUCAACGCCACUGAGGGCAACUUCCACCAGCUGGUAGCACUUCUCAACUGUCGAGGGCUGAACAAGGAUUAUGUGGACUCUCUGAAAGGCUUGUGCUAUGAUGGGAUGGAGGGGUUGCUCUUUCUUUCCCUGUACUCGUUUCUCUCAGCUUUAGCGUUCACAGCUAUUCUUUGCUCCCUCCCUGGAGCCUGGAGGAGUUUCCACAGCGAUUCAGAGGAAUACGAGGACUCCGACAGCGAAAGCGAGGACCCCUUCACUUCUCAUCAGGCACGUAGACAGACGGCCACGGGCUCCCAGCGAAGGGCCUUGCCCCCCUUCUAUAGUUACCAGGGGGCCGGCUGGACUCCCCCCUUUUCUAGCGCGCCUCCGUUACCGACUCCAAACGUUUCCUCCAAUGGCAACCCUGGUUAUGAGAACCUGCCUUUGAGUGACAGGCAGUCCCCACCCCCCUCUGUGAGUUCCCUUGUCUUUGUCACAUCACUGCAAUCUGUGGCUUUCUCAUGAUUCAUUGUGUUAAGAUUCAAACAGAU